GUUCGUUUAACAUCAAUAUAAACCCGUCUCAAGUCUCAACCUCACUCCUUUCUAGAACACUUUAAACCCUAGUACUCCCCUCCCCAAAUGAAUUAAACAAACCCUUUUCACUUCCUCUCAAAUACCAUUGUUAGGGUUUCCGGCUUCUCCAAUCUCUACAAACAAUGUAUCUCUACAGCUUAACUCUUCAAAAACCUACCGGUAUAAUUUGUGCCAUCAAUGGAAACUUCUCCGGAGGUAAAGUUCAGGAAAUUGUCGUUGCUAGAGGUAAAGUUCUUGAUCUUCUUCGACCCGACGACAGUGGUAAGAUCCAAACCCUACUUUCUGUUGAUAUUUUCGGUGCUAUCCGUUCUUUAGCUCAAUUUAGGCUUACUGGUUCUCAAAAGGAUUACAUUGUUGUUGGUUCCGAUUCGGGUCGAAUUGUUAUCCUAGAAUAUAAUAAAGAGAAGAAUGUAUUUGAUAAAGUGCACCAGGAAACGUUUGGGAAGUCGGGUUGUCGUCGAAUUGUUCCGGGUCAGUACUUGGCUAUUGAUCCAAAAGGGAGGGCUGUUAUGAUUGGGGCUUGUGAAAAGCAGAAACUUGUUUAUGUCUUAAAUAGGGAUACCGCUGCUAGGUUAACUAUUUCCUCGCCUCUAGAGGCGCAUAAGUCGCAUACGAUAACGUACUCAAUUUGUGGAGUUGAUUGUGGGUUUGAUAAUCCUAUAUUUGCUGCUAUUGAGAUGGAUUACUCCGAGGCUGAUCAGGAUUCUACUGGUCAAGCUGCGGCUGAGGCGCAGAAACAUUUGACAUUUUAUGAGCUCGAUUUGGGUCUUAAUCAUGUGUCUAGGAAGUGGUCAGAACCUGUGGAUAAUGGUGCUAAUAUACUUGUUACAGUGCCUGGUGGGGGGGAUGGGCCUAGUGGUGUUUUGGUGUGUGCUGAAAAUUUUGUGAUUUAUAAAAAUCAAGGGCAUCCUGAUGUGCGGGCUUUAAUUCCUAGGAGAACUGAUUUGCCGGCUGAGCGUGGGGUUUUGAUAGUGUCUGCAGCAACUCAUAAGCAGAAAUCAAUGUUUUUCUUUUUGCUUCAGACGGAGUAUGGUGAUAUAUUUAAGGUUACUCUAGAACAUGGCAACGAGGGUGUUACAGAAUUGAAGAUAAAGUAUUUUGAUACAAUUCCGGUAUCAUCUUCAAUGUGUGUGUUGAAGUCUGGUUUCUUGUUUGCGUCGUCUGAGUUUGGUAAUCAUGCAUUGUAUCAGUUCCAAGCUAUUGGAGAUGAACCAGAUGUAGAGUCCUCCUCUGCUAGAAUGAUGGAACUAGAAACUGAGGAAGGUUUCCAGCCUGUGUUUUUCCAACCAAGGAAGCUUAAAAAUCUUCUUAGAGUUGACCAAGUUCAGAGUUUGAUGCCAAUAAUGGACAUGAAAGUGGCUAAUCUUUUUGAGGAAGAGACACCACAGAUUUUUACUCUUUGUGGUCAAGGUCCUCGUUCAUCUUUAAGGAUACUAAGGCCUGGUUUGGGAAUCACCGAGAUGGCUACCUCUCCACUUCCUGGUGUGCCUAACGCUGUUUGGACAGUGAAAAAGAAUGUCAAUGAUGAAUUUGAUGCUUAUAUCGUGGUCUCGUUUGCUAGUGUCACUCUUGUACUCUCAAUUGGUGAGACAGUUGAAGAAGUUAGUGAUAGUGGGUUUUUGGAUACCACUCCUUCUCUUGCUGUAUCUCUAAUUGGCGAUGACUCUCUUAUGCAAGUGCACCCUAGUGGUAUCAGACAUAUUAGGGAAGAUGGUCGUAUCAAUGAGUGGAGAACCCCUGGAAAGAGAACUAUUGUUAAGGUUGGGUACAAUAGGCUUCAAGUUGUCAUUGCACUCAGUGGGGGAGAGCUUAUUUACUUUGAGGUGGAUAUAAAUGGUCAGUUAAUGGAAGUGGAGAAGCAUGAGAUGCCGGGAGAUGUGGCUUGUUUGGACAUUGCCCCAGUUCCAGAAGGUAGACAAAGAUCUCGUUUCCUUGCAGUUGGAUCUUACGAUAAUACUAUCCGUAUUUUGUCUCUGGAUCCAGAUGACUGUAUGCAAGUGCUGAGCUUACAAAGUGUGUUCUCACCCCCUGAGUCCUUGCUGUUUCUUGAGAUUCAGGCAUCUUCAGGAGGUGAGGACGGUGCUGAUCAUCCUGCUAGUCUUUUCUUAAAUGCUGGUCUGCAGAAUGGUGUCCUGUUUAGGACAGUUGUGGACAUGGUAACUGGUCAGCUUUCUGAUUCCCGUUCUCGAUUUUUAGGACUAAGAGCUCCCAAACUGUUUUCAAUUAUUGUACGAGGUCGGCGUGCCAUGCUUUGCUUGUCAAGUCGCCCUUGGCUUGGGUACAUAUAUCAGGGCCAUUUCCUUUUAACACCCCUUACAUGUGGCACACUUGAAUUCGCGGCCUCAUUUUCAUCUGAUCAGUGUGCAGAAGGUGUAGUCGCUGUUGCCGCGGAGGCACUAAAGGUUUUCACUAUUGAGAGGCUGGGUGAGGCUUUUAAUGAAACUUCAAUUCCGUUAAGGUACACUCCACGAAAAUUUGUGCUUCAGCCUAAGCGGAAGUUUCUGGUGAUGAUCGAGAGUGAUAACCGAGCAUUAACUGCAGAAGAGAGGGAGGCUGCGCAGAAGGAAUGCUUUGGUAUUGGGGUGGAUGAGAAUGGUAAUAUUGAGAUGGAAAAUGGCGAUGAAGAUGAAGAUAACCAGCUCUCUGAUGAGCAAUAUGGGUAUCCUAAAGCAGAGAAAGAGAAAUGGGUUUCUUGCAUUCGGGUUCUUGACCCCAGAACAGAGGAAACUACUUGUUGUCUUGAGCUUCAGGAUAAUGAGGCUGCAUUCAGCAUCUGUACUGUGAAUUUCCAUGAUAAGGAUUAUGGGACUCUAUUAGCUGUUGGUACUGCAAAGUCCCUUCAGUUUUUCCCUAAAAGAUCGUUCGAGGCAGCAUAUAUUCACAUUUAUCGUUUUGUUGAUGGUGGAAGACUUGAGCUUUUGCACAAGACCCAAGUAGAUGGAGUUCCACUGGCUUUAGCCCAGUUUCAAGGGAGAUUACUUGCUGGAAUAGGACCUGUGCUCAGGCUUUAUGAUUUGGGCAAGAGGAAAUUGCUCAGAAAAUGUGAGAAUAAGCUGUUUCCUAACACAAUUAUCACCAUACACACUUACCGUGAUCGUAUAUAUGUGGGUGACAUCCAAGAGUCAUUCCAUUAUUGCAAGUAUAGACGGGAUGAGAAUCAGCUAUACAUAUUUGCUGAUGAUGUUUAUCCGAGAUGGUUAACUGCAUCACACCAUGUAGAUUUUGAUACAAUGGCUGGUGCCGAUAAAUUUGGAAAUGUGUAUUUUGUUCGGCUACCUCAGGAUGUUUCGGAUGAGAUUGAAGAGGACCCAACAGGUGGGAAAAUUAAAUGGGAGCAGGGUAAACUAAAUGGUGCUCCUAACAAGGUUGAGGAGAUUGUUCAGUUUCAUGUUGGUGAUGUUGUAUCUAGUUUGCAGAAGGCGUCUCUCAUACCUGGUGGUGGAGAAUGUAUCAUAUAUGGAACUGUAAUGGGGAGCGUAGGGGCAUUUCUUCCUUUUACCUCCCGUGAUGAUGUUGACUUUUUUUCUCAUCUGGAAAUGCAUUUGAGACAGGAGCACCCACCUCUGUGUGGCAGAGAUCAUAUGGCCUAUAGAUCUGCAUAUUUUCCUGUUAAGGAUGUGAUUGAUGGCGAUCUUUGUGAACAGUUUCCAACACUGCCAAUGGACAUGCAGAGGAAGAUUGCUGAUGAAUUGGACAGAACCCCAGCAGAGAUUCUAAAGAAACUGGAAGAAAUCCGAAAUAAGAUUAUCUGAGGCAGAUUAACUUAAAAGGCACGGGCAUGGCCACGGCCACUAGCAAUUUUAUGCACUUUCUCUACUGAUCACGACGUACAUUCAUGAGCCCUGGAAGAGAGAAUUUGGUUGCAGCAUUCAGUGAUUCAAAUCACGAUGGUAGGAAAACUUGUAAUCUUUGUUCAGAUAUAGAACUAGCCUUACUAGGUUACUGAAGACUCUUCUUUUAGUAUGGCAGCUAGAGUUUUAUGUUGUAUUCUUUUAUUUUGUAUAUUAGUAAUGACAGAAAAUUUUGUAACUUGACACUUGUUCUCGUCUUAGCUUUUGCGACUUGAGACAGGCAAACGGCAAUAUUUUUUCUUUCUAGAUAAAAA